GCCGUCUUCCAACAACGCAAACCCGACAAAACGUUCAACAGAGAAAACACCCGAGACCCAAAAAUGCAUCCAUUGGCAUAUUUAGUCUCGUUUUGUUUGCUCCUCUGCUAUGCCAACGCAGACGUUAGUGAAAUCUUACCAGUCGCAAAUCACAAUCAGCCGCAGGAAAUACAAACAUGCCUGGUACUGACCACUAACGUGCAACCAGAUCCGGAAGCUAACACUGUUCUUCCGGAACAGGGUCCAGUUCCUGCAUCAUCGUCUUUAGUGGAACAGGACGUGGAAGUGGCCACGGAAGCCGAAGAGACUCGAAGUGGACAGUUGGAUAGCAGCCAUGCGGACUACCAGGGACCGUAUCAUUACGAGAAGCCACAAGUUCCCCUGGAGUAUGGUGUCCCACUGCCAUCGACUGACGCUCCUGCGCUCCCACCUCCAGAGGGAAGAAACGAUGACUUCCAGGGAGAAGACUAUUUGCCACCACUUCUAGGUAGCGAAGAUGUCCGACGAGUCAAGAGGCAUGCCAGAUUGUUUGGAAAACGUUCAUUGUAAAGGGAUAUACAAAUGUUACAACAAGCUUUGAAAAAAUAGAAACAAAUUCCAA